ACUACUGUUAGUCAUAUUGCUUUGUCUUUCCUAGAUGGUACCGGUAAUGGUAAAUACUGAGAUAUGAGAAAUCAAUCUGUCAAUUUCUAAAUUUUUUUUUCAGUUUUCGAUUUAAUCUGCAACCAAUUUCCCAAUCACCUAUCACAGUAUCAUGCAGUUAUUUGUUAUAUUUUCUUUGUUACUCGUGUGCUUCAUCAUCCAAAGAACUAGUUCGCAAACAACCCCUGGGAUAUCAAUUCAAAAUGUCAUUGCCAGAGCUGUAGACGAUUAUAAAGAUGAAAAUUAUGAGGAUUGUAUCAAAGGAUUUGAAGCCGGACUUGUACAUUGGAGGAUGCUGAAACAUAUAGACACAACUUGCGGUCUGCGCUGCAAAAACCUGAACAUCAGUAAGGAAAUUGGAAUAAACAUGGAUGGUUUUGACGAAUUAAUUGCAUACGGAAAUAUACUUGCACAAGCGAAUUGUAUUAAGUUAUGCAAAGAGGAGCAUCCGUUCACAAAAUCAAAAAUUCAACGCCCAAGUGAUGACUUCGUAGCAGACUUCGAUACGCGAGAACCUUACAACUAUCUUCAAUUUGCGUAUUAUAAAACUGGGAUGAUUAGAAAGGCUUGCCAAGCUGCUCACACAAAUUACCAAGUGAAUUCGGACGACAAACAAAUGAGGGAUAACAUUGCUUACUAUAAGGGCCUCGACGGAGUUUCAGAUGACUAUUUUAAAGAUCUUGAAGGAAAUCCGUAUAAUGAACAUAUCGUAGAUGCCGUUGACUUUUACGAGAAUAAACAAUACGAAGAGGCCAUUGAUAGUUUUGAAAAAGCAUUGCUCGAUUAUUUGAAAGUACAUGACGAAUGUGAAACUCUUUGCUACAAUUCAGAACUGCCGACAUUUUUUUACCGAUUUCCACAAUCUGUUGUCCUGAAGUACAUCCCUGUUAUUGAAUGUGUUGAAAAUUGUGGUAAAAAGCUACGUCCAUUGGUGAGAGGUGAUUUGAUGGAUAAUUUAGUCCAAAAAGUUUAUCAAUACUUGCAGUUUUCGUAUUACCAGUUAGGAAAGUGGGGAAUGGCUGUCCCUGCUGCUGUGUCAGCUCUUUUGCUCCACCCAGAAGAUGAAAUAACACAAAAUAAUGUCAGGUUUUACAGAGAUAACGCAGAAGAACACGGACUCAAAUUGGAUAUUCAUUUCCUGCCACGACCAGAAGCUGUGAAGUAUAAUUUCGAGCGAAUGACGAAUGAAAAACUCGUCGAAAUGAUGCAAAAAGCCGUGGAUGUGGAUGACCAGGGAGAGGUGGAAGAAUCAGAAAUUCAAACAGAUGAGGAGUUUGGAGACGAAAUGAUGAAAGAAAUAACGAAACAAGUGACUCUGCAACUCGGAAAUAAGUUGAGAGGCGAUAUUGGUUGACAGAUCCAUGGCCAAUGAUGGCUUUUAUGUCGACUUGCAUAGUGCUUGCAAGAAUUUUAUGAUAUGUUGUGGGUCAAGAUGGUUAUACUUACAAAAUGGUUUGCGUAAGCUUUGAUAUUAAUAGCAGAAUUAAUGGUUUUUGUAUGAAUGAUACAUAUGGUUGAUACUUUGGCGAAAUUUAGGUAGUGUUUUUUUGGAUUCGAUUAAUAUUGCCAAGUUAAUGUACCAAGUGGUUUUACAAGCUUCGAAAGUCAUAUUCAUAACAGGAUUAUUGGUUCUUGUAUGAAUAUUUCUUAUCAUUGCUGCUUUGACUUUUUUUGAAGUCCAUGCAUCCCAUAACAAAUAACUGGCCAACUAAUCCCAUACCAGACAUGGACUGGUAACCAGAUGACAGGCAGGGUUCCCCAUAUGAUUAAGCCGCCGGCUUUCCUUUCCCCGGGUAGAAAUCUUCUCCUAUCCUUUAUGGCAAGAUAUUAUGUUAUUUUGCUGCAAAUAUUAUCAAGUAAACAUAUAUUCUACUUGUGUUAAAGGAGGCUUGAGUUAAGGAUACUCUUUUAUCAAAGACUGUAGACGACUCUGGUUUUCUAAAUGAAAUGACCCGGACUUAUCAUGACCACUAUUGAUUAAUAAACUUGACUUCGGACUCUGACUCAAUUUGACUACUGAUUAUUACUGGUUCUCGGGGUGCCAGUAAAUAUAUUGCAGGGCAUCUGCCCUGACUUUAUAUUUUUCAUCAAUACUGACUAAAUUUGGAGGAGCGCCUUUUGUGUGAACAACUGAUUUGAACAGUAGUAAUCGCAACGAAAUUGCAUUUUCUUAGGAUUGAUAUAAACUUUGUAAUAGUCGGAAAUAACAACUACAAAAAAGAUUGGUUCAGAGACAUUAGUUCAAAAGUUUUAACUUGUGAUGUGCAAGGUUUCCAUUUUUGUUUCACUCCUGGCCAAGGGAAAUUAUUUUAUAUUUGAGUUCUCCAUCUGUUCAAACUAUUGGGAAUAUAUAUCAAUCCCUAUUUGAGUUCUCCCUGUAUCCCGUUAUAAUACCAACAUUUAUUAGCCUUAAUCUUAGUUCAAGAUCAAAUGUGGUAUUUUUAUAACACAUAGGUUCUAUUGCCCUACUUUCGUUUACCUUUCGAAUUCAACUCAUUACAUAGAGAUUGACUUGACCAAUUCGGAUUAUAUCUGAUGUAUUCGGAAUGUGAAUUUUUCAAUUUAGACCAUCCUUGCUUGCGUGUGCGAUGUUUAUUCCCACUAUAACACCAACUUUUAUUUGCAUAAUUUUCGUUUUAAUGAUAAAUUUUGAUAAAAUAUUCAACCACCCCC